AUGCAUUUGGCACUGAUUUUCAUUAGUAGCGUCCUAUUCGUCAUCCAUGUUCAAUCGCAGACACCGGAUGGAUGCCAGAUGGCUAUCCAAUCAUUAAUCACUACCCUUGCACAAGCAGCAGCCAAACUCGAUGAUGGCCAACACGUCGAAUUACAUGCCAGUGUGUCUAGGCUAGCCAGAACCAUCCAGGAUUACAGCAGUCAGAAAAGAACGCAAGUGACAGGUAGUCGCGAUAACUGCAUUAAAGCGAUGAAAUCUGUACAUGCAAGUAUUGCAUCCAUCGCGCAGAAAUUGCAUGCAACCAAAGGUAGUGAUGCGAAACUUAUUGCUGCUGCUAGUAGUAUUGAUGCAGCUGCCAAAAUUGUGGGAAAAAUGCUAGCUUAUCGACAAGCGCAACAUUAA